AUGGGUAAAUCCGCUGAAUUUUGUGUAAAAUCUAAAUAGGUUUCUGAUAGCGGAGCAGAAUGUGCGCUUACAUUGUAAUAAUCACUCAGAAUUUUCCCUCUGAUAACUUGGCUAAGUCUAAUCGUUGUAUGGAUAUUCUCUAGAAAAGCUCAAAUAGAAGAUGCUGACGAAAUUGAGGCAAAUUAUACAUUUAACCACAUAGUCAAGCUUACAAUGUCAAUGCUGUGUGCUGGAACUUCAGUGGCUUUAUUUUUCUGGAAUGUAAUUUGUGAGGAUACUGUUGUUGGAGGACCAUUAAUAGAAGAUAUAGGAGAUGCAUUUACAUGGAUCAUGGCUAGUAUAUUGCUAACUCCCCCCCCCCUCCGUGAGUGAACAAAACCAUUAGAAAAAUCCCUAUUUUUUGCCCAAAACCCACCCUCCGUGAGUGAACAAAAAUUUUUUUAAUAGAAAAAUUUUUUAUGAAAAAAAAUUGAUAUAUAAAUGAUAAUUAGUAUAAUGAAAUCUAGAGCUAAUUCUGUUUAAUUUUAAAUGAAUUGCUUUUUAAAACAUAAAUUUUAUAUAUUAAAUUAAUAUUUGCUUUCCAAUUUUUGCGAGUUAGGAUUUUUUAAAUUUCGAAAAAAAAAAUUUUUUUAUAAAAUUUAUAUAAAUUUUUUUAAAAAAAAAAAAAUUAAACCCCCCUCCGUGAGUGAACAAAAUUUUUUUGUUCACUCACGGAGGGGGGGGGAGUAAGAAAAGAAUAUCUAGCCACAGGCAGAACAAGUUUGGCGCUGAGGAUAUGAUGGGUUGUGGUAAUGGUAGAAGAAAUUCUUAUAAUAACCCUUAUGAGUGCUUAUGACGGUGGGAGGCCUUAUUUUGAUCACAUUAGGAUUGAGCUUGUAGUGGCUUUACUUUUAUAUACAGGCUUGGCGUUAAUUGGAUACUUAAGACCAAGCGAUAUGGCCUUAGACAAAAAAGAUGUAGUAGAGGGGUACUAUAAAAAAGUUCUUGACAAUUAUACAAGAAUGCAAACACCUCAGGAGAUGAAAGAAGAUAUAUGGGGCAAACUUGAGGAUAUAAAAGUUAUUGAGGAAGAAGAGAAGAAGCUAAACUUAGAAAAAAAUCUGUCAAUGAGAGAAAAAAUUAUGACUAUUGAUGUAGAUGGGUAUGAAAUUAUAGAUCAAGGCGGAGAGCCAGCAAUAUAUUAUAAUGUGACAGUCAGGAAAGGAAAAGUUGGGAAAAUAUUAGAAAAAACCAAAAGAAAAUAUGAAGAAUUUGCAGGACUGUAUAAAGAGCUACAAAUUCGGUUCCCAAGCUUAUCUUUUCCUCCUCUUCCACCGCUAAUUCCAAGCCAGUAAGUUUUAUAUAGAAAUCGGUACCGUGAAGAUAUUCUUAAAGGGCGCCAAAAAGUCUUUGAUGAGCUUAUGAAAUUUUUGGUCGUUAAAAAUAUUCCUCUUGAAGCCUAUAAAGAUUUUUUGCUUCCAAACUCAGCUCUUGCCUUUUAUGGCAAAGAAGCAAACAGUGAAGUUUAUUUGCCUUCUUUCCAAGCGCCUGUGGUUGUCUCAGUCGAAGAAGUCAAAGAAAUCAAAGAGAUAAAAGAAAUUUCUGAAACAAAAGAAACUAUAAAUUCAGAGCCAAAAUCUCCUAAAAAAAAGAAAAAAGAAACCAGCGAAAUCUCUAUGGAGCCUAUUUCUCCAUCGCCAAUAAUAGAAGAAAAAAGAGAACUAACUCUCCCUCCAUGAGCGAGCAAAAAAAUUUUGUUCGCUUGUGGAGAGGGUUAAUUUUUUUUUUAAAAAUUUUAAUAUAAAUUUUAUGGUAAUUUUUUUUCGAAAUUUGCAAAAUCCGUUUUGUAAAAGAGAAUUGAUUUAAUUUGUAAAAAUUAUGUUUUAAAUGCAAGCUGUUUAAAUUAAACAGAAUUAGCUAAAUAUUUAAUUAUACUAAUUAUCACUUAUAUAUAAAAAAUAUUUUUCCAUCAAAAAAAUUUUGUUCGCUCACAAAGGUGGCGUUUUACCCAAAAAAUAGGGAUUUUUCCAAUGGUUUUGCUCACUCACAGAGGGGGAGGGGAAUAAGAAGCCAAAGUUUAAUAAUAGAGCCAGCUUGCCGAGUAAAUAUUUUAUCUACCUAUGAGUCAGGCUCAGGAUAUAGCAGACACACUAUGUACGAAAUUGGCGUGAAAUAUGGAAAAGAGCAUAUAAUAUGCGCUCACCGAUUCAAAGAUUUCAAAAAACUCUAUGAAGAACUGAAAAAAGAUUUCAGCACCUUGCCUGAAUUGCCGUCAUCUGGGCUUACUUUUUCAUCAACUGAUCCAGAAAUUGUGUCUGAAAGAAGAGAUAAAUUAGAAAGAUUUUUAGCUGAAUGCGUAGAAAACCCAGCAAUCAGAAGUCAUCAGGCUGUAAUGGACUUUCUUGAGCUUAAUAAAUCUACAAGCUAA